AGACGGGAGCCAGGGAGAGAUGCUCUUGACUCCACUCAGAUCCAUCCUGGGGACCAGUGUAGGAGCGGUCCUCGCAGCGCUCAGUCUCUGCCCGGGUUCCCACUUCUCCUUUGCCGCUGGGCCUUGGCCCAGGAGCCAAGACGGGCGACACGGAGCCGCCAGUGCUGGAAGGGGAGCCAUGGGUGCGGGGCAGUGUGGGGGCAGAGGCCCCAGGACGCCCGCCUGGUCCCAGGCCCCGCUCCGCCAGGGCGCCUCCACGGGUGCCCCCUGCUUCUUGGUCCGAGCAGUGCGAGUGUGCCCGGGAGCCCAGCGGCGGCGGUGCCGUGGAUGCCGGCGUGGGCUGGGGGGUGCGGGCCGUGGGGAGCAGUGCUAUGCAUAAGCACCAGCACUGCUGUAAGUGCCCUGAGUGCUAUGAGGUGACCCGCCUGGCCGCCCUGCGGCGCCUGGAGCCUCCGGGCUAUGGGGACUGGCAGGUGCCUGAUCCCUAUGGGCCAAGUGGAGGCAACGGAGCGAGCGCAGGUUAUGGGGGCUACAGCUCGCAGACCUUGCCCUCGCAGGCGGGUGCCACCCCGACGCCCCGGACCAAGGCCAAGCUCAUCCCCACCUGCCGGGAUGUGGGGCCGGUGCCCCCCAAGCCAGUCCCGGGCAAGAGCAACCCCAAACUCAACGGCAGCGGCCCCGGCUGGUGGCCCGAGUGCACCUGUACCAACCGGGACUGGUAUGAGCAGGUGAAUGGCAGCGAUGGCAUGUUCAAGUAUGAGGAGAUAGUACUUGAACGGGGCAAUUCUGGCCUGGGCUUCAGCAUCGCAGGUGGCAUUGACAACCCCCAUGUCCCUGAUGAUCCUGGCAUCUUUAUUACCAAGAUCAUCCCUGGUGGAGCAGCUGCCAUGGAUGGAAGACUGGGGGUGAAUGACUGUGUGCUACGGGUGAAUGAAGUGGACGUGUCGGAGGUGGUACACAGCCGGGCUGUGGAGGCAUUGAAGGAGGCGGGCCCAGUGGUGCGGUUGGUGGUGCGGAGGCGACAGCCCCCACCUGAGACCAUCAUGGAAGUCAACCUGCUCAAAGGACCCAAAGGCCUGGGGUUCAGCAUCGCUGGGGGCAUUGGCAACCAACACAUCCCAGGAGACAACAGCAUCUAUAUCACUAAGAUCAUUGAAGGGGGCGCUGCUCAAAAGGAUGGACGCCUACAGAUCGGGGACCGGCUGCUGGCGGUAAACAACACCAACCUGCAGGAUGUGAGACAUGAGGAAGCGGUGGCCUCACUGAAGAAUACAUCUGAUAUGGUCUAUCUGAAGGUGGCUAAGCCGGGCAGCCUAAAUCUCAAUGACAUGUAUGCACCCCCUGACUACUCCAGCACUUUCACUGCCUUGGCUGACAACCACAUAAGCCAUAAUUCCAACCUGGGUUAUCUGGGGGCUGUGGAGAGCAAGGUUAGCUACCCUGCUCCUCCUCAAGUUCCCCCAGCACGCUACUCUCCUAUCCCCCGGCACAUGCUGGCCGAGGAAGACUUUACCAGAGAGCCUCGCAAGAUCAUCCUACACAAAGGCUCCACAGGCCUAGGCUUCAACAUCGUAGGAGGAGAGGAUGGAGAAGGCAUUUUCGUCUCCUUCAUUUUGGCAGGAGGCCCAGCUGACCUAAGUGGGGAGCUACGCAGGGGAGACCGGAUCUUAUCGGUGAAUGGCGUGAACCUGAGGAACGCAACUCACGAGCAGGCUGCAGCUGCUCUGAAACGCGCCGGCCAGUCAGUCACCAUCGUGGCCCAGUACAGACCUGAAGAGUAUAGUCGCUUUGAAUCCAAGAUCCAUGACUUGCGAGAACAAAUGAUGAACAGCAGUAUGAGCUCUGGGUCCGGGUCGCUCCGCACCAGCGAGAAGAGGUCCUUGUAUGUCAGGGCUCUGUUUGAUUAUGACCGCACUCGGGACAGCUGUCUGCCAAGCCAGGGACUCAGCUUCUCCUACGGUGACAUCUUGCAUGUCAUUAAUGCCUCUGAUGAUGAAUGGUGGCAGGCAAGACUGGUGACCCCACAUGGAGAAAGUGAGCAAAUUGGUGUGAUCCCCAGUAAGAAGAGGGUGGAAAAGAAAGAGAGAGCUCGAUUGAAAACUGUGAAGUUCCAUGCCAGGACGGGGAUGAUUGAGUCUAACAGGUCGAUCAAAACGAAACGUAAAAAGAGUUUCCGCCUCUCUCGAAAGUUUCCAUUUUACAAGAGCAAAGAAAACAUGGCCCAGGAUUGCAGCAUACAGGAACAGGGAGUGACAUCCAACACCAGUGACAGCGAAAGCAGUUCCAAGGGACAAGAGGAUGGUAUUUUAUCAUAUGAACCAGUGACACGGCAAGAAAUUCACUAUGCAAGACCUGUCAUCAUUCUGGGCCCGAUGAAAGACCGAGUCAACGAUGACCUCAUCUCGGAGUUCCCACAUAAAUUUGGAUCCUGUGUGCCACAUACUACCAGACCUCGACGUGAUAAUGAGGUGGAUGGACAAGACUACCACUUUGUGGUAUCCCGGGAACAGAUGGAGAAGGAUAUUCAAGACAACAAGUUCAUUGAAGCUGGCCAAUUCAAUGAUAAUCUCUAUGGAACCAGCAUCCAGUCGGUGCGGGCAGUUGCAGAGAGAGGCAAGCACUGCAUCUUAGAUGUUUCCGGCAAUGCUAUUAAGAGGCUGCAGCAAGCACAACUUUACCCUAUUGCCAUUUUCAUCAAGCCCAAGUCCAUUGAAGCGCUCAUGGAAAUGAACCGACGGCAGACAUAUGAACAAGCAAAUAAGAUUUAUGACAAAGCCAUGAAGCUGGAACAGGAGUUUGGGGAGUACUUCACAGCCAUUGUACAGGGUGACUCACUGGAAGAGAUUUAUAACAAAAUCAAACAAAUCAUUGAGGACCAGUCUGGGCACUACAUUUGGGUCCCAUCCCCUGAAAAACUCUGAAGAAUCCCUUCCAACCAUUCUAUUGUUCACAGAAGAAAUCAAGUCCCUCUUCCCUCCUCCCUCUUCAUUCCUGUCCCACGGGGAGAACAAAUGACUACUGUUCCUGUCCCCUUUUUUAGAUAUGUCAAAAAAAUUGAGUUUUCUAGUCCUGUUCUGUUUUUUUUUAAAUUUUUGUUUUGUUUUACUUUACUUUUGGGGAUGAUGCCAUCUCAUUCAUCAUGUGACUGUGCCCAUUCCUGCAUGGACUUUUCCCAAGCGCUAGCACAGGUGCAAAUCCAUUCGAGUCAUUGUUUUCAUCCAAUCCAAGGAGAAACGAAGAGAAGAGAGGAGGACUGAUGGCAAGACAAACUCUGGACAGCUGCAUGGUUUGAGAAGUGAGAUGCAAGGAGAUGCUCCUGAGCAUUUCUACCUAUCCAUACUGCUAUCUUGCAGCUCUGAAUGGUGCAACAUAAUGGUCGGCAGAAAGUAUCUUAUUUAUAUAUAGAUAUAUAUAUGUAAUUUAUAUAAAAUAUAUAAAAAUUAUUAUAUAUAUAUAUUAUACGCUCUCAUAUAAUAUAUAUAUAUUCACACACAUUUGGACUAGAAAAUCUAUGGAGACUUCAUCAAUGGUACUGUGUAAUUAGAGAAAUGCUUUAAUUUUCAUAUUCCAAUCAGAUGGCAUCAUAUCCCAACUGGUUGGGGAGGGAUUGAAAAUGACAGUAAGUGUUAUAGAGAUAUGGAGGGCACUGCAUUUCGUCAUUCUCUUGAGAGCUGGUGUUUUCUCAAGGGGAGUUAACCAGAGGUCUUCGCAAAAGGACUUUUGCCUGGGGGGAGGGGACAAGAGGGUGGGAGACUUGACCUUCAAGCAGCUGCUGCCUUUGAGGUACAGUCAGUCCUGUGUGUGGCAAGAGAGAAUGGUUAACAGUGCUCCAUAUUAAUUGCCUAUUGUUUCACGCCACCUGAUGUGUCUGCAUGAGAGGUUUCCUUUUUGUUCAUUUUUUAAGCUGCUGUUAAACCAAAACCAUGUUGUGCUACUGUGUCAGCCUUUUCAUGAUUCCAAAUUUUCCUUUUACUAUUUAAGUGAAUGCGUAGAAUUCAAUUUGACAGUGUGCUACAGGCUCAUGUUCUAGAGGCGCCAGGCCUGGUUUGUGAUAGAGUAGGUGACCCAGGCUUGGUCAUGCAGCCAGCCGAAGGGGUGUGAGAGCCGGUGAGGACUGAGCACAGGAACUGGCGCUCCGCAUCACAGCAUAUUUCUUCAGUCACCUGCCGGAUGGGCUGCGCUCAGCUGAGGAUCCUUCCUGGGGCCCCGUCCACAGAAGGGCCAGGGAAUCGCCUGCCUCCUCGCGCUGCAGGGGCAGCGGGACAGCAGGGUGGCUCGGCCAGCUGAGCAGUGCAGAGUUUGAGUGGGUUUUUUUUCACAGCUGCUUCAUAUGCCCUACCCAAGCACCUCACCCCCAGCUGCUAGCUUCCUGUUUCUUCAGAAGAAAGUAGAUUUUAAUGCUGUCAAUUUGAACUGUAAAACUAAGUAAGAUUCACUUAUCGGUGAGAUGUGAAAUCUUGUUGCUUUUUCCCAGAGCCCGAUGGCAAUGAUUGUGUCAGAGGAGGUUUUCUCCCUGCGCAGAUCCAGGCAGCUCCUUCGAGGCUGCCAUACCUUCCCUGCCUCCCGGACACAGGAGAGGCAUGAGCAGGGAGAAGAGCAUGGGCAGGCUUGGCCCCGGGAUUGUUCUGAUGAUUCCUAGCCCACUUGUUAGGACUAGUGCAGAUGCCAGAUGGAAGUCGCUUGGAACACUACCAGCCCAAUUCAGGAAAUGUUGUAGCAGUUCUCCUACCAGCACAAAUAGGCUAACUGUGAAGUGUGGGGCCCAGAAUGAGGGUAAAGAGAAGAUGACAUCAUUACCUGGGCAGUACACUGGAUUGAAGGCAAAGAGGGGUACAGUGAUAGCUGAUGAUAAACCUGGUGAGGAGGGGUAAGCAGGGACUGCAAAUUUCUCAGAUUUGAACUAAAUGAUGUCUGACUGAUGCUCCACCCUCUCCCCCUCCCAGUGAAGAAAAGCAAAGAUUUCAAGUAAGCAUGACACUAGUUGGUUUACCAGUGUUCCUUCCAAGGAGACAUAUAUUUUUUAAUAAACGAUAGUUGCAAUGAA